AAUUAGUGGCACACAAACAUUCCAAGCUUAUCUUAUCCGUUAAUACCUUUCAACCCAUUGUUCAGUGUUUGCCAACAAUCUAUUUUGGAAGUGAAAUCUGUACUUCCCAGUUCCAACCCUAUGCCAGUAGUACAUUUCACCUGUUUCCAUAACUCCAAUUAGUGCAAAUUCACUUGCCGAGUUAUAGUCCAGGUUAAUGACCUUCCAUCGCCUGAGGUGAAAUCGGUAGUAUUCAGGUAAACACACCCCCGAUGGUCAGCCAAUCACAGGGCUUCAUUGUGACGUGGUAACUGGUUGCCUAUAUUAGGUGUCAUAUGUGUGAAGGGUGGGGGAAAUCAGAGGCUUCCCGGGUAUGUAAUUGGAGUUGUAGAAAUCACUUGACUUUUGGUUCUUGUGAUCGAUGGUUGUAGAUCUUCAGCUCCCGGUGAUAUUUCUAUAAGUUCAUUCGCUUUAAUUAAUUUCCACUAGUAUCAUAAUUAGCUUUAGUAGUGUACUAGUGUUUUAGUAGUCACCAUGAACCCGGGCUCCCAUGGUAGGAGACAGCCUUCGGGGCUCGUGGUGUACCCGGUGUACGUGAGGUCGGUGAAUUUUGUGUUUCUACCACCGUUGCAGUACGCUCAACAGUAUGUGCCUCAACAAUAUCAGCAGCAAUUUCCGCAAUACGAUCAGGCCCAUGAAGAAUUUGAUCAGGGUCAGUUUGACCAGAGUCAGCAGGCUGGCCAAUUUGACCAGUUUGCUGAAAGCUCCCAGUUUGAUCAAUUUGAUCAUAAUGGUCUAAAUGAUGAAGCUGGAAGUUUUGAGCAUUUUGCUCAAUUUGGCCAGCACAACCCCCCAAGUGAUUUCAAAUUAUUUGUGCACCCUAUUCAAAACGAGGACAGUCGGAGACACUCUGGAAGUUUCGAGCAUUUUGCUCAAUUUGGCCAGCACAACCCGCCAAGUGAUUUCAAAUUAUUUGUGCACCCUAUUCAAAACGAGGACAGUCGGAGACACUCCGAUUUUGGCAUCAAAAGGCACAGAACUAAGACCUACUAUCGAUCUGGAAGCUUAGAGGGUGAGCAGAGUGCAAGCGGCAAGCAAGUGCACGCGCACACGCAGGACGUGCAGCACGCGAACGGCGCGGGCAACGCGCGUCGCAAACAGCAGCACAAGCAGCAGCAGCAACAGAUGCGCAACACGGGCGGCGCAAGCAAACAGCCGACGAACUUCUCGCAUCCCUUGCUUAUGACGCAACUCAAGGGACAUGGCGGCGCUGUGCUCGACAUGGACUUCAGCCCGAAUGGCAGAUUCCUGGCCACCUGUGCUGACGACGGUGCCAGCAGCGGCACAUCAAGUGGCAGUGAGGGGAACAAGGAGAACACCCCCUCCAAGACGGUUGGACUCUCCAGGCGUCAGAAGAAGAAUUAUCGCGGACGCCGUGAGGACAGCUCUUCACCCGGCACUACAGUGAAGAAGAAAUCUGUCACCAGUGGUCGACUCACCAAAAGUUUGCUCAACCACGACAUCAACAAACAAUAUGCCAAGCUUUGUUGGAAGGGCGUUUCCGGUGGGGACAUGACAAUCAUUCACCACUUGAAGAAGCAUGUCCUGAACCCCGAUGACCUCCUCUGGAUGGGAUACCCGGUGGAAAGCUCCACGUAUCCAGGCCACGCCAUCGUAUACAAACCAGCCUUGGACUACUCCAAGACCAUCCACAACACUCACCACUACAACAGAAGCAAAAGCCCAAUGAAGACAGCGGCCAGUGAGCAGUCUGAUCAACCGAUCAUGGGGUUUGAUGUGAACGCAAGGGAAUUCGUGCCCAAAGUCGUCAACUAUGGGACAACACUCAUCAAACGGAACUCAGACCCAGACUUCAAGGCGCAGAUUCCUGCAGCAACAUCCCCGAAGAAGAUGUGUGCCAAUGAGUGCCAAGCAGCAAGGAAGUGUGUCAGGUGUGGGAAGGAGUACUUUGUCUCUCAAGAUGGCAGCUAUUUGACCACAGAACAAUGUGUCUAUCACUGGGGCAAACUGCGGACUCAGUUCGAUCGCAACUCUUUAUAUGAGUGUUGCAAGGGGGAGCAAAAUACGAAAGGCUGCACAACGGGGAAACUACAUGUAUGGAAUGGGCUACAUGAGAACUGUUUCAAUCCUGUGCCUGGUUUCGUGAAGACUCGGCCCAGGAAGACACCUCUCCCGGAAAGUCUAGGUCUCAGUGUAUAUGCCAUCGACUGUGAGAUGUGCUACACCACACAAGGAUUUGAACUGGCAAGGAUCACCGUGGUGAGUUCUGAUGGGAGACUCGUGUAUGAUACCUAUGUCAGACCUGAGAACGAGGUAGUCGACUACAACACCCGCUUCUCCGGAAUCACGGCCAAUGAGAUCAACAAGCAGGGCGCGUCCAAGGUUCUCCGAGAGGUCCAGAACGAUUUGAUGGGUUUCAUCUACGCGGACACGAUCCUCAUUGGACAUGGCGUGGAGAACGAUCUAAUUGCUCUAAAAAUGAUUCACACUACGAUCAUUGACACUGCGUAUGUGUUCCCGCACUUCUUCGGAUUGCCUUAUAAGCGUUCCCUGAAGUCACUGGUGAAGUUCUGCCUGAAGCGUGAAAUUCAGAUGGAAGCGACUGGUCACGACAGCUUCGAGGAUGCCCGUUCGUGUCUCGAGCUGAUGCUGUGGAAAUUGCAAGAAGACCACGCCCAAUCGUCUGUCUUGUCAGCCAAUAGACUGUGAUAACUAACUUACUCUACUGCCAAACAUUGGGACAAUUCACUGCUCUUCAUCAUCCCACAUUUAAUUCCCUCUUGUGAUAAUCAACUAUUCCAAUUGUUUCUCCAACAUAUCACAUCAGUUUCACCUGUGUAUACUAAAAAAAAACAAUUCGACUGAAAAACUGUGUACGAGGUGGAACUAGUACUGAAGUCAUGUAAAAAUUACAACUAUAUAUCAUCAAUGUGCCUUUUCAGUUUCACUGUGACUUAGACUGUAAUCAUGUUAGAAUAAUAACUUCCAUUUUACUAUUAUUACAAUCAUAGUAAUGACAAAAUAUUGUCAAUACAAGUCGAUUCAUUGUUUUACUGUUACAAUCGUAAAAAUGACUUGAAUUGACAAAAUUGUCAUUCGUCGAAUCAUUUCACUGAAAUUGGCAAAAUAUUGUCAAUACAAGUUGAAUCAUUUCAUUGUUACAUUGACAAAUCAUUGUCAAUACAAGUCCAUUCAUUAUUUCUAUGACUAAAAUUAUUGACAGAACUUUGCAGUUACAUUAUCGAGUGACAUGUUUGAAUAAUUGAAACCAGGAAUGAUGUUGAUAUUAAACCACGACUAUGGUCAAUUUCUUUCAACUUUCAAAACACACACUUGUAUCUUGGUACGAUUGUGUUUUUUAUAAGCUUAAACCUAAUCGAUUGUAGUCGAUGUAUAAUCUUAACAGUCUGCUAGGUUAGGAUUUUUCAAUUUUUGUACUAAGUAUCUUGUGUCACAAAUUGUAGCCUGCUGCUCCUACAAAUCCAUCCAGUUUUGUAAUAAUUUCUCACUACUUUUGAUAAUUGUAGUGAUAUAUUGACUGAAUUUCAUUGUUCUAUCAUACAGCCAGACCAAAUAAUAUCGCACACUUUUCCAUUUUUCCUUUCAUAUUACUUAAUUUGUGUCGAUAUCUUAUUGAAAUUCACAAUCAUUACCACCAGAUUUACGUUGUGAUGAACGUUUUCUAUGAAUGAAUGUAGUUCCUAUGUAAUUGAAUAAGACUUGAUUGUUAUUGUCGGGUAGAAAUAUUUUGGUAAUAAUACUUUUCGUGUAUGAUACUGCUAUCUUAAUAUGUAUGUAAUAUUUAUAAAUAUUAUUCAAAUGUUGAAUUACUGGGAAUAUUGCUUCGUAUUCCAUGACAUUCUGAAUAAUAUGCAUGUGGACGAAAUAUUGGUAACAGAUCAUAGUAUGUAUUCAAAUAUGAGUGACUAGAAUUUUGUCUGACUUAUAAUAUUUGAAAUAAUCUAAUACUUCCAAUACCAGUCCAAUUAUUUCUACAAUCUACUUAUAAAAUAAUUUUAGAUAUAAGAAGCGUAUAUUUUUAAUGUUAAUAGAAUGAACAAAUUGAUUAAUCUAAUUGAAUUUGAUAAUUAUUAAACUUUGGGUUUCCCAGAACUAAUGUCAGUAGGCUGAAACUAAACUCAUGAUAUAAUUUUGGUGUGUGUUAAUUUUAUGUAGGAUUCAAGAAUAUCGCAAGAUGAUCUCAUGAUAAAAACUUGAAAAUAAACGAAUAUAUUCUUAAAUCUUAUGUAAUAUCCACGAGUUUUAAUUUUCAUAAUAAUGGAUGGCUUUAUCGAGACAUAAAAUUUUAUCCAUUAGAGUAAAAUAAUCAUAAUAUUGUGUAAUUUGUAAACUAAAUAAUGUGUAGUCAUUCAAUUAUGAUUCUAAACUUUCUAAUUAUUCAUUAUUUUCUGAGUUAUUGAUAUUGUUUGUAGAUUAAGUUUUGUAUUGUUUUUCUAUUACUGUUAGUCUGUUCUACCAAUAAUUGAUGUAUUGCAGCAAGUAAUUAACUUGAAUCAUACAAUAUUCGAAAGUAUUAUUAUCAAGAUGAGCCCUGUUUUUGUUUACAAGUGUUGUAUUAUUUUGAUCGUCUUUUCUACUGUCAAUAUGUCAACAAAUUUUUGAUAAAAAAUGUCGAAAACUGAUUGUGAUGAUAUAGGGAACAAUCGAAUUGAUAUGUGAGGAUGACUAUUAAAAUUGAAAUGUUCGAUGAGGUGCAAAAA